UGGCUUUGAGCCUGGAAGGCCUGGAGCUUCUUUCCAUGAUGGCAGAGCAAGGGGAGGAGACGCUGGUGUAUGUGGAGCACCGCUACGUCUGCUCAGAAUGCAGUCAGCAGUUCAGCUCCUUGGAAGAAGCACUGGUCCAUCAGCAGAGCCACAUGUGCCCCCAGGAGCAACAGUAUGAAGUGGUGGGGCUGGCGGAGGCUGGGCUGGUGGCAGGCGGCGAAGCUGGCCUCUAUCAGACUGUGACUGUGCAGGAGAGCCAGUACCAGUGCUUGGAAUGCGGGCAGAUCCUCCUGUCUCCAGGGCAGUUGUUGGAACACCAAGAGAUGCACCUCAAGAUGGUGACCCAGGAGCCGGAGCCCUUGGUGAAACCAAUCAGUUCCAGUCAGAUCCACUAUGAGUGCAUCGAGUGCAAAGCCCUGUUCACCAGUCAAGAUGUGUGGCUCGCCCACCGGCAGACUCACCGCAAGCCUCCCGAGCCCCCAGCCCCUCCUCAGAGCCGGGCACUGGUAAACCUGGAGCACUCGUACCGUAAGCCAGAAGACGGGGUGGAUUCCGGCGGCACCGUGCAGCUUUUGCUGUACGAGUGCAGCGAGUGUUUCCAGCUGUUCCAGUCGACCACAGACUUCCUGGAGCAUCAGGCCACGCAUCAAGCGGUCGCCCUGUCGUCUGUGCCGCGAGCCAGGGAGCAGGCCACCAUCCGCCCCGCGGAGAUGAAGGAACUGCCACCGCCGCCGCCGUUGAGCUUGGUGGGGGUGCACAACGGGGCGGUGCCCCCGCCGGCUCCGCCCAGUGUCACAGCCACCGACCACAGUUACGAGCUGAAGAACAACCCCGGGGAGCAGCCCCCCCGUAAAGCCAAGCAGCCAACCAAGGAGCACGGGUGCUCUGAGUGCGAGCAGAUCUUCCCCUCUGCUCACAAGCUCCAGCUGCACAUGAGGAGCCAUCGGCAGGGUGCCUUCAAAUGUCCACUGUGCAGCAAGGUGCUGCCGUCCCCAGGGGCGCUCGAGAAGCAUCGAGAAGAGCAUAGCGGGGAAUCACGCUUCCUGUGUGUGGACUGCGGUCUGGGUUUCGGGACUGAGGCCGUGCUGUUAUCCCACCGGCGCUCUCACUCAUCCAACCCCCUCUACCGCUGCACUUGCGGGAAAACCUUCAUCAACAUGACCAAGUUCCUCUACCAUCGCCGCUCCCACAGCUCCAAUUCAACACAGUCCCACGAGUUGCCUGAAUCUCCUCUGGAGGAGCAGCCUUUUGAGGAGGAGCCGCCUGAGGCCCCCCAACCACCUGAGGAGCAGCAAGAGGUGGUCCCGCUGGCUAUCAUCUGCUCGGUGGACAACGCUGCCACCACCCUGGUGGACAGCAUUGCCGUGGAGCAAAAACCAGAGGAGUUCCAGUGCCAGUUGUGCAGCAGCACCUUCCCCAAGCAGGCGCAGCUGUCGCGCCAUCAGCGCUUUGCCCACAAGAUGGAGCGACGCCACAAGUGUCUGACCUGUGGCAAGAUGUUCAAAAAGAAGUCCCACAUGCGCAACCACCUCCUGACCCACACAGGGGAGAGGCCAUACCACUGCAAGGAGUGCGGCAAGAGCUUCAACUCCCCGGCCAACCUGCAGCGCCACCGCCUGACACACACAGGUGAGCGUCCGUACCGCUGUGACAUAUGCCAGAAAUGCUUCACACAGUCAUCCACCUUGCAGCAGCAUCUCCUGGUGCAUAGCCGCCAUUACCCAUACAAAUGUCAGGAGUGUGGCAGUGUCUUCCACCGGCCCUACCGCUUGCUCAUGCACCGUUACCACCACACCGGGGAAUAUCCCUACAAGUGCCAGACUUGCGGGCGCUCCUUCUUGCUUCGCCGCCUGCUGGAGGUCCACCAGCUGAGCCACACGGGCCAGCAGCCGCAUCGUUGCACGUCUGGCUGUGGAGCAGCCUUCGUCACUGCUGAGCAGCUGAAGGAGCACAAAUGUGGCAAGAUGAGCCGUCACUUCGAGUGCUCCGUCUGCGGCAAGAAGGUCGGCUCGACUGCGCAGCUGAGAGCCCACGAGCGCCUGCAUGGGGACAUCCAACCCCCCGAAGGGGCAGAAGAGGACCCCCCCAUGCUUGAACCGCCCCCACCCCGGCCACGCCGCCCGACCUGCCCCAAGACGUUUGAGUGCGGCGACUGCAAGAAACUGUUUAGCACAGAGACGUCGCUUCAGGUCCACCGCCGCAUCCACACCGGCGAGCGCCCUUAUCCUUGCCUGGAUUGCGGGAAGGCCUUCCGGCAGUCCACGCACCUCAAAGACCACCGCCGCCUGCACACGGGGGAGAAGCCCUUCAAAUGUAACGAUUGUGGGAAGGCCUUCACCAUCGCUGUCCGUCUGGCUGAGCACAAGCGCAUACACACCGGGGAGCGCCCGUAUCACUGCGACGCUUGUGGCAAGGCGUACCGCUCUUUCUCCAACCUCUGGAAGCACCGCAAGAUGCAUCAGCAGCAGCGCCUGCAACACGAGCAAGAAGUCAUGGCAGAGGCUGUAGCUGCGGCUGCGGCAGCCGCUGCGGCAGCAGCAACAUCGUCAGCGUCGGCUAGCGAGCAGGUCUACGGAAACACCGUUACCAUUAUGGAGACCAUCCCAGUGGUGGAGACCAUCGAAAUCUAUCCAACCGAAGGGGGUGUUCACUUUGAGAAUAUCCAGGUGGAGAACGUCCAGAUUGGGGGGGUUUGAGUUGGGCUGGGGGAGUAAGGAAGGGCAGCUGAUCACACUCUGUGGACUGGGAGCUGCUGUUCUCUGGCUCCCCCUUAUGGGGUUCAGGUGUAGCUGCAACAACUUAUA